UUAUGAUGUUCUGAUUAUAGUGAUUUAGCUACCAAACUACCUGAAGUACAAAGUGGUUAUAUUAUAAAUUAAUGUCUAUUAAAUUUUACAGGGAACAUAACCUAGAUAAGUUAUUUAGCGUGAAUCAAAGCACAGGUCCUGGAAUAUUGACAUUUCGUUUACUGUCCGAUGCUCAAAUAUCGAUACAUAGCCCUGAAGAAUUGUCAACCAAAUUAUUGGAUAAUAAGUUUAAAGUAGACGUCGAUUUGAACUAUCAUAAUCAUGUUGAUAUCUUAUUCUCUAUUGUUGAAGUAGAUAACGAUCCUCUUUUACAAUUCGAGACGGCAAAUGUCAGAGGAUGUAGAUACCUUAAGGAAAUACCAAACGGAUUAAUGCAUGCUUAUCCGGUUUACUCCACCGGAGCAUGCAGACUCGCAAGAAACACAGAGAGAUCUUACCAACAGUGCGGUUGUGUUCAUCCUGUCAGACACAUAUCUUAUGAACAUUUGUAUUGCAAUUACACGGGCAUAAAUUGUUUGGUUACUUAUGAAGGACAAAAAAUAAAGCUUGGUGUUGACAAGGCCAAUAACGACAGCUGCUUGCCCUCGUGUGUUGAAAGCGAGUUAACUGUAGUUCACACAUCAAUGCGGCGCGUGCCGAAGCAAGCGAAGAGAGGAUCUCUUAUUAAUAUUCGAAUGAUCUCCUUGCCUACUUUACGUUAUCGUAAAAAUUUACUGCGCAAUAACUUGGAUUUAGUUGUGACUGUUGGAGGGAUGCUUGGAUUGUUCUUCAGUGCAUCAGUAUUAAGUCUAGCUGAAGCUUUUUACCUCAUUAUAAGACAGCCGAAUAAAUAACCUGUAAGACAAUUUCUUUUUCUAAUGCCAGAUAUCUUUACGUGCAAUUAAAAUAAUA